CGCCCUUGGGCCCUUUGUGCGGGGUAUCUUGCAGCGAAGUGCCCCACUCUAGAUGGUUGUCUUGGACAAUUAACCCUAUCCAGCAGAUCGUCCUGCACUCCAUCGUGCAGUUUCGUUGGUGGCUUGCUUAUUGACAUGGUAGUUGUCGACUAGGGUUCUGCUGCAAUAUAAGCCAGACUUAUCCGCAGUUUACGGUUGAGAUUUCACCCAUCUACUAUUCUUCGCCUUUACAGCAUGUCUGAAUCCGAAGCACCGAAGGAUCUCCCUGAGAUGGAGUACCGCUUCAUGGGCAAGAGCGGACUGCAGAUCUCUGCCAUCUCGCUUGGUGGUUGGCUCACUUACGGAGGACACGUUGGCGAUGACAACACAUUCGCCUGUCUUAAAGCAGCCUUCGAUGCUGGGAUCAACUUCUUCGAUUGCGCUGAAGGCUACGCAAAAGGCGAGUCGGAGAAAGUCAUGGGCCGCGCUAUCAAACAUUUCAAUUGGAACAGGAAUGAUAUCGUCGUCUCCACCAAGAUCUACUGGGGCACUCACAACUCCGCCCUUCCUUCGCCCCGCAACAAGAUCAACAAUCUCGGGUUGUCAAGAAAGCAUUUAAUUGAAGCCACGGAAGCCUCUCUGCAACGCCUACAGCUAAGCUAUGUGGACAUUCUAUACGCUCAUCGUCCGGAUCGCUACACUCCGAUCGAAGAGACUGUACGCGCCUUCAACUACCUGAUCAACACUGGCAAGACCCUUUACUGGGGUACAUCCGAGUGGCUAGCAUCGGAGAUCGAAGAAGCAUGGGCUGUGGCUGACCGCCUUGGCCUUAUUGGGCCUAUCGUCGAACAGCCAGGCUACUCGCUUCUUCGUCGAGACAAGGUCGACCAAGAGUUCAAAGACGCGAACCUCUACGGACGUCGUGGUCUUGGCCUCACAAUCUUCUCCCCACUCCAAGGUGGCCUUCUCACAGGAAAAUAUGUAGACGGUGUCCCCGACGAUUCGCGCCUCCGCCAGUCCGACGACCCUUACAUUCAAUCCGUCAUCAAAACUGUCGGGAGCGACGCCUGGAAUCAGCAACAAGACAAGAUCAAGAAGCUCAUGGACAUUGCUAAGAAGCUUGAUACUGACGUUGCUACCCUAUCUAUGGCAUGGGUCUUGUCCAACAAGAAUGUCUCAAGUGCUAUCACUGGUGCGUCAAGGCCAGAGCAGAUAUAUCAGACCGUCAAGGCGGUUGAUGUGUACAGGAAAUUGACAAAGGAGAACCUGAACGAGAUUGAACAAGUCAUGGGAAGCAAACCUGCGGAGCUCACCAUGAGAUUCGGAUAGUUUCCUUGCUAGAAAAGACCUUCACCAGUGGAAAGUAAGUGUCUUGCACCUGCGGC